CGGACGAGCAGUGCACCACCUUGUAGCACAACUACUACAACAAGGAACAACAAAACCUCUACUCCACGAGAAGAAGCAGGUUUGAAGACCACUACAAUGAACACCAGUAGUUCAUCAUCUUCAUCAGCAGCACAACAACACGGAAGAUCAGUGCGAUCAACGUCGUUCGCACGCGGCGCCCCUCGUCAUGACUGGCGCAUCUUUCCGCGACAGAAGAAUUACCAUGAGGAUGAAGACGGGGACUAUUUAAUCUUGGAUCCUCAGGAUCCUCUGAAGAAUUCAAAAUCGUUGAAUCGUCAAGUCAACUAUGAACGCACGAUGAUGCAAGACCGAUUUGAUGGAGCAGGUGGGACAACUUUUAAGGUGGGUAGGCUUGUUUUGCUGGUCGUGACUGUGUUAGUGCCAUUAGGGUUGCCUCUUUCAAUAAGGGGAAGGGCAUAGCACCACGCAGGUCUAACGAGCGCAGCUAAGUAACAACAAAGUUAACACCUCCAAAAUCUUACGAACUCUAAGACUACAAAAGAAGCCGACGGCGAUGGUGGGGGUGGUAGUGGUAGUGGGUCGAAGUUUCCUCAGGAUGGGGAUGUGUUGGUCUUGGAUCACUUAGAUAAUACUGGCGUUGCUGGCGGUGGGCAUGGCUUAACAUCGAGAAUGAAGCGUGGGAGUGUCUGCAUGGUCGACAUCGGAAGGACGAAACCGUUUUUACGGCUUCAUGAGGAAAACUUUAUAAUUCAUCUUUACCUCCAGCUUUCAUGUUCAUCUUUUCUCCUGAAGAGACGGUGAGCAUCUGCGGCCUAGCAAGUCAGCAGGAAGUAGAUACUUGUAAACUCAAACACACCUCUAACAUUAUCCGGCACAGCAGAGGAGCGGGACGAACAAGCAGCCGACAUCUACCUAGACGUCGAUGCAGCCAAAAGAGCAGUUGAGAGGCAUGUGCGGCAAGGCGAUUUCCGAUUCGUCCUAGGACAUCCUGGAGUCGAUUACCGCUUAGAUGUCGGGGAAGCGGACAACGAAAAAGAAGAAAUGCUGCUGUGGUGGCAGGAAUGUGGUUAUGAUUUGAAAUCAACAAAGAGCUGAAAAUCUUUCUUGACAGAACACAGCAGUGCAGUUCAAAUAGAACUCGGUGAAGUGUGAUCACGUUCUCGUGAAAAACCAAGAUUUAUAAGCUUUUGAUUCUUGUACGUAGUAGUAGACCUCCUCCUGCUGCUCUUCAUCUAAGCCCAUGCACAGCGCACUGCGCGAGCAGGCGCUGCUCGGAGAAGAAAUGCGGGAUAUGCGGAGGAAUUUGAAAAAGGAUACGUCACCACGUGAUUAAUACGUCAGUAGAGAGUUGUGCAUGAAGACUAAGACAGCCAGCCAAUUCGUCUUUGAUUUAGACGAGUGCGUGAACGUGAAGACACGAUACUUCGAUGAAAUUCUCAUCAUCUAGCUUUCUUGUCACAGGAUGUGAUUUGAAGACCAAAACACAUUCAAAUUGAAGACAACAUCAUGUGAUGUGUACCACUUUCAAACUGCAGAUGAAGAACAAUAAAUAUUUAUAAAUAGAAAAGAACCGUUAUUUUCACUCUGUUGAUGAAGUUUCCGCUAUAGUAUGUCGGUCUUAUGUAACUGCUUUCCGUUGAGUGAUGUUUUCCACUAUG